UUGGCAGGAGCAGGACCUCAGCGCUCUCGUAGUUUGGCCACAUUGUACAAGGAUGAACGCACGCAUCAUCUAUCAUCUUUUUCGAUAUUAGAGAAGACAUAUCUGGAGCGCGUUAUCAGACCCAAUGAAGUAUCUGAAUUUGCAGCUUCUUUACGCCCUCAUCACUUAGCUCGUUUAGCAGAUAAUACCACUGUUUUUGAUCGUGCUAUCAUUGAGCACAAUUUAUUAUCAGCAUCUAAAAUUUAUAAUAAUAUUGCCAUAGGUGAAUUGGCGGUUUUAUUGAAUGUUUCGACUGACCAAGCAGAACAUGUAGCCGCUCGUAUGAUUAGUGAAAAUCGUAUGAUAGGUAGUAUCGACCAGUUGGAUCAAUUAAUUUCGUUUGAGUCGGGCGGUGCUGCGCGAGAAGAGCAAGCUGCAGACUACAAUGCUAUCAGUGCUGCAGCUGCAGCUGCUAAUGGUACUUUCCAAACAAACGUUCGUGUUGAACAAUCAAUGCUGGAAAUUAUGAAAUGGGAUACCGCUAUCCAAGCACUUUGUCAGGAUAUUGAUGCUGUUAUUGGUACCAUUCAGUCAAAUCAUCCGGAGUAUGUCUUGUCGAAUUUCAAUGCCAUGGCGUAA